AUGACCAUUAACACCGACUGUAGUAAUCAUGAAAUUAUCCACCAUCCCCCAGAUAAAACUGGUAACAAUGUACCAGCCACUAAUUCUUAUGGUUCUGAGUCAUAUAUCAAAACAAACCCAGAGUCUUCGGCGAAGAGAAACUUUGCGAGCUCACUAAUCAACGGCGGAGCCCAAGGCGGCUUCCAUCCACCAUCAAGCCUUGUGACCAAAACAGACCACGAGCCAAGAAAGCACUUGUAAGUAGUUCAGAAAGGAAUGCAGUAGUCUUGGCUUGUCUAAUGUAAAAAGAAAACGAUGAAUUCCAGAGGUUGUGGUUGCAAGAAGGACAUGAAUGCUUCAGUUGAUAGCACCACCAAAAGAACUAAUAAUUCGCAAGAUGACGACAUACCUACGAGUUCUAAUGACAAAGGUCUACCAAGAGGUUCUAGGAUGGACUACUGCUUUGAAACCCAUUUCUCCACCUCCAAACACCAUGCAGAUUAA